GCAGAGUUAGUGAGUUAAAACCUCCCUGAGCCCUCUGCCAGCAGAUUGCAAAGGUCAGUGUGUUCUGCAAAGCUCUGUGCAGAGGCUGCCUGGCUGCUCUCUGCCUGCUGGGGGAAGAGCUGGAGGGCUGAAAGGAUCCUCACAGAGUGGAGAAGAGCUGGUGGAAAAUGCAGAAUUACAUUUUGGGGAGAGGCGGAUUGCUGAGGGCAGCGUAUUCCCAAGCUUUACCUUUCUGCUGGGUUUGGGAUGGGGGAGAAUAAACGGGAUUUGAUUUCCAUCCCCUUUAACCAAGAGCUGAGCUCUCGCCUCCAGUCCCUGGGGUUUGAACCCUGGGGACCGGGCAGAGCCGGGGCCGGGCGGGAUCCCCGGUGUGACCGGGCCGGUACCGGAGCUGCAGGGUGGAACCGGGAGGGAUUGUCGCUCCUCGAGCCGGGAGCAGGGCUGUUCGGGAUCCCCGGUUGGGGCUCUUUGGGCUCCCCACGGGGCUGUCUGGCCUCCUUGCGCGCUCUCCGGUCUCCCCGGUCCGGCUCUUGGUUGGGGCUCUUUGGGCUCCCUACGGGGCUGUCUGGCCUCCCUGUGGGCUGUUCGGUCUCCCCGGCCCGGGUCUCGGGUCUCUCCGGUCUCCCCGGCUGGGGCUGUCCGCUCUCCCCGCUCUCUCCGCCCCCGUCCCUCACGCUCCCCGCCGCUACCGACGCCCCGCCCCUCCCCUCUUGCCGCGCCUCUCCAUCACCCGAUUGGCCGGCUUACCUGUCAAUUAUCUCAUCUCAGCCAAUCAGCAUGCGCGGCUCUGCCCCCGCCUCGCUGAUUGGCAGCUCGCCGUGGCACGCCCCGCCUCCCGCGGCGCAGCGGGGGCGGCCUGGCGGCGGCGGACGCGGCCGGGGCGGACGCGCAGCGGAGCCGGAGCUGGAGCUCUCCUGCCCCCGUGGGAGUGUGACUGGUAUGGGUAAUGGUGUGAGAGAAGCUCCAGUGGAAUUCCAGAGGGAUGUGGAGCCCAUCACAGCCAGAAUUCCUGCAGAGGAUAACCAGGAGAAGAAGAAAGUGCUGAACUCCCUGAUGUCUGGGGCACUGGCUGGGGCUGUGGCUAAAACUGCAGUGGCUCCUCUGGACAGGACAAAAAUCAUGUUCCAAGUGUCUUCAAAAAGAUUUUCUGCCAAGGAAGCAUACAGGCUGAUUUAUCACACCUACCUCAACGAGGGCUUCUGGAGCCUGUGGAGAGGGAACUCGGCCACCAUGGUGCGGGUGAUCCCCUACGCCGCCAUCCAGUUCUGCGCCCACGAGGAGUACAAGCAGCUCCUGGGCAGCUACUACGGCUUCCAGGGAAAGGCACUGACACCUUUCCCUCGCUUCAUCGCCGGCUCCCUGGCCGGCACCACGGCUGCCAUGGUCACCUACCCGCUGGACAUGGUCCGUGCCCGCAUGGCCGUCACCCCCAAGGAGAUGUACAGCAGCAUUGUCCACGUUUUCAUCCGGAUAUCCCGGGAGGAGGGGCUGAAAACCUUGUACAGGGGCUUCACUCCCACCAUCCUGGGGGUCAUCCCCUACGCCGGCCUCAGCUUCUUCACCUACGAGACACUGAAGAAACUGCACGCAGAGCACAGCGGGCGGGCGCAGCCCUCGCCCCCCGAGCGGCUGCUGUUCGGGGCGUGCGCCGGCCUCAUCGGCCAGUCGGCCUCGUACCCGCUGGACGUGGUGCGGCGCCGCAUGCAGACGGCCGGCGUGCUGGGCCACACCUACAGCUCCAUCCUGCUCACCAUGCAGGACAUCGUCAGGGAGGAGGGACUGGUCAGGGGCUUGUACAAAGGGCUCAGCAUGAACUGGGUGAAGGGCCCCAUCGCCGUGGGCAUCAGCUUCACCACCUUCGACCUGACGCAGAUCCUGCUCCGCAAGCUGCAGCACGGCCCCGCCCUGGACAGUGGGUGAUCCAUCCUUCUGUUACAUUCAGAGGUCAGAGCAGACUUCAGACUCCUCUAAUGAUCAGAUCACACAAACCAAGGUGGAAAAAUCCCUUUUUAAUGUAAGAAAAAAACCCCAAGAUUCAUUUGAAACCUGUCCUUUCCUGGCUUUUGUGUAUUUUAGCUGUCAGAGCCAGAUGGGAUGAAUGGGAAUGGAAGGAAUUGCACAAGGGGGCAGGAGCAGCCUUCUCCUUUCUAUUUUUUUUUUUUUUUUUUUUUUUUUUUUUGUCUUUGCACUUCUUUGGAGCAUGAACCUGCUCCUGAUGCCAAAUAUUUCCUUAGGAAUCAGGGAAUGUGGGAAUGGCACUGGAAUAUUGACACAAACCAGUUCAUUCCCAGCACUGGGAUGGGGCAGACUGGGGAUUUCACCUCAGGAGUUGUUCCCCCAUCAGCCAGAAUUCCCUGAUUUUCCUGGGAAUUAAAGCUCUCUGGGCUUUUGGGAGGCUCUGUGGGAUUUUAUUUUUUUUUUAAAGGCUCAGCUCUGCUUUCCCCUCACCCUGAUUUCUUUUCUCCAAUGGAGAAGCAAAUUAUCCUGCUCCUGUCCUGAUCCAGAGGGAGGAAUCCCAGCACAUUUCUAUCCCCACUUCCUUAUCCAAACUGGGAAAAGCAGAAAUUCCAGGAGCCUGGGGGUGCUGAAAAAUUAUUCCUUAAUUAGCAUCUGCACCUGACUUAAAUCCAAUUUAAAUUUCAGCCAAUUUUCCUGCAGGUUUUGCAGGCUGGGGCAGAUCUUUGAAUUCAGCCUGUGAUGGUUUUGGUGCUUUUGUUUUUCUGAGUGUGUUGCUGCUUUGGGUUGGUUGAAAAAGCUUUUUUUUCCCUUUUUUUUUUUUUUUUUCUUUGAAUGUAGAAAAGGGGAAACAGAAUGUUCCCUUCUCUUCCCUGAAUGGAUUCAGCCACAUUCCAGAUUUUUUUUCUGAGGUGUGCUGGCCAGGCAGAACUCUGAGAAAGGAAAAAAAAAACUCAAAACAAGAAUUUUCCCCUUUUUUUUUCCUUUCCUGCAAUUCCCUCAUUUUUCAUUUUAUUCUCCAAUUGCAUUUCCCACUCACCUUAAAGCAUCACCAGCCAAAUUUGUGCUUUUUGGUUUUCUUUUCCUCUCCCUCCUCCUGCUUCUUCCUGCACCUUGAGCCCUGCACUGGCACUUCCAGAAAACCAGGUCCAAAAAAAUGCACCCAAAACAUCCAAAUUGCAACUUUUCCACUUUUUUUCACACAGCCCAGCCACGUUUUCCCCUCUCAGCCUGGAUGCUCCAGGAAUUUCAGGCACCAUGGGAUGGUUUUGGGAAAAUUUCCUUGUCCAGUUUGGCAUCUUCACUUUAUACCUUGUAGGAGCUGAUUCCCCUUUUUUUCUUUUCCCCUUUUUUUUUCCCCCUUUUUUUCCCCUAUUUUCCCCCCUUUUUAUUUCCCCUUUUUUUUUCCCCAUUUUUUCCCUUUUUUUUCCUUUCCCCCUUUUUUUUCUUUCCCCCUUUUUUUUUCUUUCCCCCUUUUUUUUCUUUCCCCCUUUUUUUUCCUUUCCCCCUUUUUUUUCCUUUCCCCCUUUUUUUUCCUUUCCCCCUUUUUUUUCCUUUCCCCCUUUUUUUUCCUUUCUCCCUCUUUUUCCUUUCCCCCCUUUUUUCCUUUCCCCCCUUUUUUCCUUUCCCCCUUUUUUUUCCUUUCCCCCUUUUUUUCCUUCCCCUUUUUUUUUCUUUCCCCCUUUUUUCCUUUCCCCCUUUUUUUCCUUUCCCCCUUUUUUUUCUUCCCCUUUUUUUUCCUUCCCCUUUUUCCUCUUUUCUUUCCCCCUUCACCCCUUUUUUUCCACUUUUUUCUCCCUUUUCCCCCUUUUUUUAUUUCCCCUUUUUUUUCCACCUUUCUUUUCCCUUUUUCACUCCUUUCCCCCCCUUUUUUUCCCUUUUCCCCUCUUUUCCCUCUUCCCCCCUUUUAUCCCCUUUUUCCUUCCCCUUUCCCCCCCUUUUUUCCCCCUUUUUUCCUUUUUCCCCCCUUUUUAUCCUUUUUUCCCCUUUUUUUUCCUUUCCCCCCCUUUUUUUUUCCUUUUCCCCCCUUUUUAUCCUUUUUCCCCCCUUUUUAUCCUUUUUCCCCCCUUUUUAUCCUUUUUCCCCCCUUUUUAUCCUUUUUCCCCCCUUUUUAUCCUUUUCCCCCCCCUUUUUAUCCUUUUUCCCCCCUUUUUAUCCUUUUCCCCCCCCUUUUUAUCCUUUUUUCCCCCUUUUUUUUCCUUUUCCCCAUUUUUUUUCCUUUUCCCCCCAUUUUUUUCCUUUUCCCCCCUUUUUUUCCUUUUUCCCCCCUUUUCUUUCUUUCCCCCCAUUUUUUCUUUUUUCCUUUUUCUCCCCAAAACCACCACAACCUGCAGGGUGUCCCAGCCCCCCUCACUGCCCCAUCUGCUCUAUGCAUUUAUUAAUUAGCACAAACUCUUAAUUGCCUUUUCCUGCCCUCCCUUUGCCUGGCUGGAUUUUGUUGCCAUUUCUUGGAUCUGGAAUUCUAUUUUAUUGCAGUGAAGACACUUUGUUAUAUAAUGUUUAUAUAUUUUAAGAUUUGUGCCAAGAGAGGAUGUAUAUUUAAUAAAAAAUAUGAUUGAC